GCUCUACCUGAAUAGCAAGCAGUCCGAGCUGCAGCAACGCAUUCUGUUUCACACAGCGAGUGCGAAUUUAUUGACAGCCAGCAGGAGAGAGACGCAUUGAUUAAUCGCCGUGCAUGCCUGGUCGGAGUGCCGUACCCUGAUCAACUCCGGACCCCCGGGGAGUGGGCCAGAAGAGACCGCAACCGGACAGUUGAGUUGAGGCUGGGGCUGGACCCCAUUCGAUCAUCACCAGCGAUUGAUAGCAGACACAGCGCCAAUACCAUCUAAGCACAGGAAAGGCGUUGCUGGCACUUUCGACAAAACAACAUCCACAACAACAACAACUACAGCACAAACACCAUCAACUAGGAGACCUGAACGGCGAAACGAAAGUGAAAGCAACGUUAAAAAUCGAAAAAAACACGCACACACACACACAUUUGUGUAAUCAUAUGUAUUUCUGUGUCUUGUUCUGUGUGUGUGUUCGUCUGUUUGUGUGUGUGUAUUGACGUGCCUGUGAGCUUGCAAUAACUUUCAGAACGGAAAACGCGCGAUUUUCUAUGCUCUUCCCGGCAACAACUGAAGGAUACUCGCAACGACAACGGCAACGGCUCUCUCCCUGUCGAAGUGAAAAUCCGAGCCGGAGUCCAUUUGAAGUGCUAAUGAAGUAAACGUUGCGUCCCAUCCAGUCACCCACUUACCAUCAAUCAGCACUUGAACUGCUUUAGCUAUCAAUUAACCUAUAACGAAGCUGCCAAUCUAAUCACAGCCAACAACAAAGGAAACACAAACACCGCCACCUCGAUCACAGACAAACCAGCAAAGACUACACUAACAACAUGUUCUCCAUGUGCAAGAAGGUGAAGCCGAGAAGUGAGGACUCCUCAACAACAUCUCAGCAAAUGCAUGACUUGGAGAGCGCGGGCAAGCAAAUCAAAGGCGGCUACCUUCUGCGCUACAAAAAACAAAUGCUGUGGAAUCGAUGGUCAGAGGAAUGGGUUAUACUGUACGACGACUCCACCAUGGCCUGGUUCACGGAGCCAGGUCGCUCGGCACCAACCGGCAAGGUAUUGGUCAAGGAAGCGCCAGAGAUGCUGGCCAUAGCCCAUUGGACUGGGCAAGUUCCGCGUCGUCCGCCGUUGCCCAACGGCGUCAGUGUGUCGCAGCUAAUUGCACUCGGGUCGCGGCGUAAGCGAUCCAAGGUCUAUUGGAUGCUGGCCAAGUCGGAGCAGGAGGUGGGCGAUUGGAUUGAGGCGAUAACGAAAACUUUGCCGCCGCCGCCGCAAAUCGAGCUAGUCGUGGAUAAGCCACAGCUGAUGAAUGUGCUGCGUCGCCCACUGGUGCGCAUAAGACCGCACGACGCUACAUUGUCAACCACAGCGCCCACCAACUCUGAGGUGAAGCAGCGAAAGUCGGUGGCCCACAAGACCAGUCGGCACCAUCGCAGCUCCUCAGCGGCCUUGACCACAGAGCGGAUGCUCCACAAUCAGAAUCCGCUGAUCAAAAGCGAUGCGGCCGUUGCCAUAUUGAGCAAGAAGUCGGACUCGAAGGCAUCGCUGGCCUGCGCUCUGCCCUGGGGACACGGCUGGGGCUGGGCCACGUUGCCCAACGGCGUCUGGAGCGGCGGCCUCACCUGGUCGCAGUGCGAGGACACCUUCACACUGCACGCCCUACCAACAACACACUGCACCAAUCUCGUGGAGAACUCCUGCAGCGGUGCCAUCUAUCACACAGACAUUGGCGGCUUUGACUUUCACUCGUCGGGCGUCGACGAUUUGGGCGGCGAGGACUUUGACUAUGCCAUGGACUGUGGCGAUUUUAUAUUCUAAGUCUCUGUACUUGAACACUAUGCUCCCUCCCAUUCCCCUACACUU